UGGAAUAGACAGAGAAGUCGAUUGGAAGAAAACGGAAAGAAAAAAAAUAUGUUUGCAAAGUUGAAGAAGAAAAUAGAAGAGCAAGGCGGGAAUGUUCCUGAUGCUGAGAAGUUAAAUGCCAGUGGAAAUGCUUCAACACCUAGGAAAGGGAUCAGUUCUCUUCAGACUUCAUUUGGGGAGGAGUUGGCUGAUACACCACAAUCUCCCAUAACACAAGAGGAGAAUCCUGAGACAGUAGGAACUAAAGAGGAGGUGAUGAAUUUACUGGUCAGGAGGACAGAGCAGUGCAAAAAGCUGGAAAGUAAAAUAAGUGAAUAUGCAUCGGUAAUCAAGGAGAAAAACAAAAUGAUUGAGAAGUUGGAGGCCAGUCUUGAGAAGCAACAGGAAGCUACAGACAAGAAGAUACAGGAACAGAAUGAGCAGUAUCAGCUGAGCCGAGCCAAGCUUUCUGAAGGCUUCACAUUGGCUCUACAGAAAAAGGAUGAGGAAAAACAAACUCUGAUUGACAGGGUUAAACAACUAGAAGAUGAGAAAACCAAACAAUUUGAGCGAGAUGAAGAGACAGAUGAAUUACAGGGCCUGGCAGCUCAGGAGAUGGCCAAAGUCAAGCACCUGCUGUUGAAUACACAAGAAGAGUUGACCAAAGUGAAGGCAGAACUUCAGGAGAAGUCCUCCAAGUUACAAUCUGUGGAGAAGACGAGUGAAAAGUUCGAACAGGAAGUCAAAGAAGCACAGGCUAAACUACAAGAACUACAGCAAACAUGUGAAAUGUUAACAGAAGAGAACUUGUCCCACACCCAGUUGGUGGGAAGUCUAACUACAGAGAAAGAGUCCCUAGAAAAGAAGAUAGACCAAUUAACAGGGCAAUUAACAGAGAAGACAACACAGAUUUCCUCCUUAGAAGAAGCUAAGACAGAAUUGGAAAAUCAGCAUCAAGGGAUGAUCAGAAAUUUUGACCAUCACAAGAAUAAGACCACUAAGCUUCUGGAAGAGAAGGAUGACCAUAUAGAAAAGUUACAGGAGAGGAUCCAGAUGUUAGAACAGAGAUUCCAGGACCAGAAUCUCGAGGGAGAUGACAAAACAAGAGCCAUCGAAAAUGAGAGGCGGACACUAGAGCAGAGGUUGGAGGAGAGCCGUCAGCAGUUGACCGAGAUCAAGUCCACCUGGAGCGACAAGAUAUCUCACCUGGAGGAACAGAUCUCGCAUCUCAAUCAGAAGAUCAUCGAGGACAGCGAGGAGCUGGCACAGAGCCAGAAACUCACCGAGACUGUCCGCGAGACAUUCACAGCACAGAUCAAACAACUUCAAAACAAACUUGAUGAUGCUGAGAAGAGAGUGGAGGAAAACUGGCAGUUGGCCAAUAAGAAAGACCAGCUUUUUGGAAAAGAGAGAACAGAGCUGGAAAAUGAGCUUCAGAAAGUGAAAUUUGAGAAGAUUGACAUGGAAAAUAAUUUACGAGCAAAAAUAGAUUCCUUGGAAUCUCAGAUGCUAAGUCUAGAGGAAGCAAAAGAGCAUGAGAAAGAUAAUUCAGAAAUCAAAAUGUCACAGUAUGAGAGCCAGCUACAGGACAACAUGGAUAAACUUAUUCACCUCGAGAAGAAAAUGGAAGAACUCGAGGAAGAGAAAAACAAACACAUGAGUGAAGUCAUGUCACUGACAAGUGAAGUAAAGACUUUGAAAGGUCAGAUGGAACAUCAGAAAAAAAUGAAUCAAGAAUCUCAAGAAAAGAUUAAGGAACAAGAGGCAAUUAUAAUAUCCAUGAAAACUGAAAUGUCGGACACAAAGAAAUCUACAAGGGAAAGGGAAAAAGAAUUUUCUUCAUGUAGUAAAGAGAAAGAUGAACUGUGUCUCCGUAAUGCUGAACUUUCACAAGAAUUGAUGAAAGUCAAGAAAGAUUUGGAAUCACAGAUACAACAAUUACAUAGUGAUAACAGUGAAAAAGACACUGAAAAAGAAGAGUUACUGCAGAAAAUCGAAACUUCAGAGAGUAGAAUUGGUGAAUUAGUCACGAAACUUCAGGAAUAUGAAACACUCCAGGAGCAGCAAUCCAGUCAUGACAGUCAAAUAACAGAACUAGAACAGCAAGUGACAGACUUACAGGACCAAGUGGCUGACAAGAACAAGGCACUGAAAAAACAGGAACAGAGACUUAGUGAUUUAAAAAAGACGUUACAGAGAGAGUUAAAGGUGCAGGCCCUACCGAACGAUCAGCCAAUGAACAUAAGAUCGCAGUCACCAUUACGUGAGCAAAGUGGUGUAACAACAAGCCAGAUUCCACAAAGUCAGCAGCAUCAGUUGGACGGUAUUCAUAAUGGAGGUGCAAGGGGCAGGACCCCACCCUCACCGAAUUAUUCCAGUGUUGUUCCAUCAGGGGAGACAAGUCUAACUCCCAGUUCUCCAGCAGUUCUACAUGACAUUAGUAGUGUUCAGCAUAUAACACAGACUCAUGAAAGAGUUAAAAGUUUACAAGACAGCAUUGAGGGGAGGGGGAAUAUUCUCAAUAGUGCUGCUAACAUGAACUCUUUGGAGAAGGAUAUCAAUUUCCAGUACCUCAAACAUGUUGUGAUGAAGUUUAUGCUGAGUCGAGAGGCGGAGGCCAUUCAGCUAAUACGAGCUGUGUCAGUUCUGCUGAAGUUUAGUGCUGAGGAACAGAAACUUAUAAGAGAGACACUAGAAUGGAAAAUGUCCUGGUUUGGCAGCAAGCCAGCUAGUGGGGCUGGGCAGAGGGCCAAAUUUAUACCACCUUCGUUCUAGCUAUUUAUAAAUGGGGUUUUAGGGAUAUUUAAAGAAAUACUCCCAAUAUCAAUUUUGCAAUAAUGAAUUAUCUCUCAAAAUAGAUUAUCUGUUAUAAAUUAUAAGUUAGCGACAAGAUUACCUUAGAAAAUUUUGUAUCAUAUGCUUGUGCAUAUGUGUAUAAUUUUUUUAUUGAAUUGUCUACAUUUGAGUGAGUAUAAUUAAGAAUAUUAAAUUAAGGAGAUUACAAAACAAAAUAUGCACAUGCAAUUUCAAGCCUUCUAGAAUCUAUUGGUCAGAUUCAAUGAUACCGUCAUACACAACACAAAUUAUUUAUUCAUGUAAUGGAUAAUAAAUUAUUGUCUUUUAA